CAUAGACAUUUUCAAAACAACACCUUAUAAAAUAUCCUCUCGUUUUGUUGUUCAAACUCCAAGGUUCACAAAAAAAAAAAAAAAAAAAAGGGGGAACACCACCAUAGCCAUGGCUGUGAAACGAGAAGAGGACCCACCACCACAACCUCUUGCAGUUGCAGAAGCAGUAGGAGAGAUCAUGAUGACCUAUAAAUCACUCCCACCAAGACCCAUCAUUGAAGAGGUUGAAGCAGCCAUGUCUGUGCUCAAAACAGUCAACACUGAGGAAGAGAUGAAACUCGAAGAGAUAUCAAAGCAAAAGGUUCCUCAAGAUGUUCCCGAGGAGCUGUUCUCUGUGCUUCAACAGGUUAGGAAAGCUUCUGUUCAGUUCCAUAGCUAUGAACAAAAGAAGGAGGCCGUUUACCUUGUUGAACUGGAUAAGAAGUUUCAGACCUUCGAUGAUCUUAUCCAGAGAGCUUCUGCUUUGGUUUCUGGGGAUGAUACCCAGAAUCAGAAACUUGUUAAUUAUGGUGACCCAGUUGAGAAAAUUGGGAGAGAGAUUGUAAUCAUCGAUGAAAGAUUGGGGAAGAACAGAGAAGAGGAAAAACCAGAGACCCAUGGUUUAAAGGGUUUGGGAAUGAGUGCUUCCAUGAAAUCUUCUUUCUAUUCAGUGGUUGAAGAAGACUCUGAGAAGUUAAGUCUAAUGAAAGUGGCUGCUCUGAUUGAAAACACUGCCAAAAGUGGAGCAGUAGUUCUUGAUCUUAAAGGGAAAUUGAAGGAUCAAACGGAAUGGCUUCCUCAAUCACUAGGGAAAUUAUCAGAUGUCGUUGAAUUGGACUUGUCUGAAAACCGAAUCAUGGCCCUUCCACCUACAAUGAGUGGUCUCAAAGCCUUAAUGAAGCUUCACAUCCAUUCAAAUCAAGUUAUUAAUCUGCCUGAAUCAUUUGGUGAGUUGAGCAAUCUCACUGAUCUUGACCUCCAUGCCAACAGGUUAAGGUCACUCCCACCUUCGUUUGGGAACUUGACGAAACUCAUCAAUCUCAAUCUGAGCUCGAAUGAGUUCACCCAUUUGCCUGACAUAAUUGGAAACUUGACAAAUUUGAAGAGAUUGAAUGUGGACACAAAUGAACUUGAAGACUUACCUUACACUAUUGGAAGUUGCACAUCACUAUUAGAGCUAAAUUUGGAUUUUAAUCAACUAAAAGCUCUUCCAGAGGCAAUUGGAAAGCUUGAAUACUUGGAGAUUCUCACUCUUCACUAUAACAGGAUCAAAGGGUUGCCGACGACUAUAGGAAAUCUUACCCGCUUGAAAGAGCUCGAUGUUACCUUCAAUGAACUCGAAUACAUACCAGAGAACCUUUGCUUUGCAACAAGCCUCAAGAAAUUGAAUGUGGGGAAGAAUUUUGCAGAUCUAAGAGCCUUGCCACGGUCCAUUGGCAAUCUCGAGAUGCUUGAAGAGGUGGAUAUAAGUGACAAUCAGAUUAGAACUUUACCAGAAUCUUUCAAGCUCUUGUCAAAAUUGAGAAUUUUCCGUGCAGACGAGACACCUUUGGAAGUUCCACCAAGGCAAGUCAUUAAACUUGGUGCUCAGGCAGUGGUUCAGUACAUGGCCAAUCCUGAUUCCUUUGCUAAUGCGGACACCAAAUCUGAGCCUUCAAAAAAGAAGGGUCUCUUCUUAUGGUUUUGCCAAUUAUUUUGCUCCACUGGAAGGAAGUCAACCAGGAACACAUAGUUAUGAGAAAGGAUUGCAUAAUUCAUUUCUUUCUUUUUUUAUGAUCUAUUGUUUGAAAACACCCAUUUUACUAUACCACAAAAUUACCAACUUUUUUCUGUCUUAGUCUGUUUAAAUGUAUUGCAGAUGAUUUAGCUUCGGUGCUGAAGUGAAAAAGGAAAAAUAGAUAAAAAUAAGUACUCAUUUGGGAGACUUUAUCCUUCUCAAUAUAUGUUCAUAGAUGGUUUUUGGAAAGAAGCGCACUUACAUGAAUUUGUAUUCUCAUGUUGGGCAUUGUUGAUGCGAAAAUUUAUAUACUAAAAAAAUGUAUGCUUUUAUAUUUGGGCUAUGCAAUCAGUUUAUUAUUGAUAA